CCAUUAAUUAAUCACUUUAUGAGAUAUUUGCGCUGACAAGUCCAGCCGAUUGUGUUGACUUACAACCUGGAGCACCGGGAUUGAGAGGAUCGGCUAAUCUUCGGCAACACAUACUCCAUCUUGAAUUUGGCUCGUCGUCAAUUGAACAUCUCCCGACAGCUUCAUCAUCGACAUCCCCGUCCAAACCGCCCACCAUGUCGAUGUUCCGCGCCAAGAAGCUCGAUCUGGGCUGUUUCGUCAACGUCCGCACCCUGCGCGACCACACAAAGCGAAAGGUCUUUGAGGCCCACGAGACCGAGAGACAAGCUCUCCGAUAUAUUAUUCGCAACACAACCCUCCCCCCACGAGUCCGCGCCGAGGCACAGCUUCAAUUGACACAGAUGCACUGCUAUACUCGACCAACGCAGAUUCGAAACAGAUGUAUCAUGGGUGGUCAGGGACGUGGUGUGUUGAGUGACUUUAAGAUGACUCGAUACAACUUCCGAAUGGAGGCUAUGGCUGGAAACCUGCCUGGUGUGAAGCGAGCCAGUUGGUAAAGAGCCGGGGACGGAAACGAACGAGAGGAAAUGUACGACUACACACCCCUUAUAUACCAAAAUCACUCUAUUACCUGUACCGAAGAGUGGUCUAGUGGUAUCCGUCCUAGAACCUAUAAACCUUCUCUCAUUCCACGCCUAAAAUACUUCACCCACUAGGCUGCUCUUCGCUUUUUGCAGUCCACGAGUUCGAACACUGCGUCAACAAGCAACGAAGGGAAAUGUACGACUACACAAUGAUGAAGAGGGCGCUGAAGGGACGGAAUAUCUUGUGUAUCAUAGACAGGAAUGUACAAUACAAGAGGAAAUGCAUUGGAACGUUACUUUCACGAUGGUCUAUAUGAGGUGAACGGAUGCUUUAUGUCUGACGAUUGAUGCAGCAGAGGACCAGGGAGAUGACUUGGGACUGGGUUUCAUGGGAAAGAGAGUCCAUGACUGCGGGCGAGACUGGGGUUCAAGGUUGCCUUCCCCAGAACUUCUGACUUCUAUCCCAAGUGACAAAAAGACUCGGGUAAAUUCUACAUAUAUAUUAGGCAGAGGAAGAGAGUUUUGUAACAUAGUUUCUCCUGUCCUCCCCCUCGAGGUAAUUGGUCUUGAUCAAGGCAGCUAUGGAAUCAUUCAGGCAGAUAAACCAUAUUUGGUUUUGGCCAUUGAUGUGUCGGCUG